GCCAGCUACCUUCUCCAAACGAUUCCAGUACUUCAACCCCAACGGAAAAACCUAAAAUACACAGAUGCAGAAAAUCAACUUCGGAUUUGACGGAUAUGAGCGACGAUGAGCACAAUACCACUACCACAGCACUCAGUAGAUCUGGAUCAAGGAAAGGUUCUAAAGGAGGUCUAGCAUACCUGGCGAGUAGAAAAAGUUCUCGUGGUUCAAGGGAGUCGAUAUCCUCAGUAUUAAGCAACGCUUCUAACGCUUCCAACGAAGGAUUGGGUCCGUUGAACUUCCAACACCCUAGAAACAGGCAGAGAAGAACUUCUAAUUUUCUGGAACUUCCAGUUCCAGAUCACAUUAGGCCUAGAGUAUGUUCGCUGCCGGAGAAAACUGUCAAUCCCAGAUUGAGCGACGACCUGUAUAGACUGAGGACUUUCAGCAUUACCAAUAAAGGAGUAGUGAAUUGCGGGGAUUCCAUCAUCAAUCGGCGAUCUAGGUCAAACACUAGUGUCAAUUCAAUUACCAGUCGAUCUAACGUUUCUGGUGAAAGAUCUCCUUUUGAUGGAUCAUGUUGCGGUUCAGGGUACCAUAGCGUGGGUUCCUCUUCAUUGGAUUCCACCAAUGAGAACGAAAUACCAAAAUACCGAGUAGUCCUGCUGGGAGAAUCAGGUGUGGGUAAAACUGCACUGGUGUCCCAAUUUAUGACGUCUGAAUAUAUGAACACUUACGACGCUAGCUUAGAUGACGAAUUUGGUGAACGAACAGUUUCAGUACUGUUAGAUGGACAAGAAUCAGAAAUGGUUUUUAUUGAUCAUCCUGCAUCAGAAAUGUCAGUAGAAAAUUCUCUGAGCACUUACGAGCCGCAUGCAUGUAUCGUCGUCUACUCCAUCACGGCCAGAUCCACGUUCCAGACCGCUGAGGAUAUACUGAACUAUUUAUGGAAAGAGGACUGUAUCAAAGAUAAGAGUGUCAUCGUGGUGGGAAACAAAGCUGACCUCGCCAGAUCCAGAGUCAUCAGUCAGAAUGAGGGCAAGGGUCUAGCUGUAGCCAAAGACUGCAAGUUUAUAGAAACUUCUAGCGGAAUCCAGCACAACGUAGACGAGCUUCUAGUAGGAAUCUUGAAACAGAUCAGACUCAGAGAAUCCCUGGAGAAGAAGAAAUCGAUGACCAAAGAGAAGAGCAAGAUGAAAGGCUCCAAAACGAGUCUGAGGCUGCACUUUGCCAAAGAGAUUUUGCAGAAGAUCUGUCUGAACGAUAUCAGUAAGUCCAAGAGUUGCGAAAACUUACAUGUUCUGUAA